AUGUUGUGCCAGCUUCUAACAAGCGAUCUUCGCUGUGCCAGCCCUCUCGUCUCUUCCGGCCCGUCACCUUUCCUUCCCCCUCUCUUCCCGCUGCGUCGCUCAUGGCUUUGCACAGAUGGGUUCGAGGACGGGUCUCCUACCUGGCAAAACAGUGAUGCGGGCAACACCAGUGGUAACCCUACCGACGGCAGUAACCCUAGCAACGCGCCCAACGCCGUGGGAUCGACAAAUAAGGCUGGGCCAGGCGCAAGCGGAAACGAGACAAGGGAGAGCCAGCAGCAGCAGCAACAGCAGCAGCAACAGGAGGAGGAGGAGGAGGAGGAGGAGGAGGAGGAGGAGGAGGAGGAGGAGGAGGAGGAGGAGGAGGAGGAGGAGGAGGAGGAGGAGGAGGAGGGGGAGAAGCAGCAGCAGCAGCAGCGGGAGGAGGAGAAAGAAACGCUCAAGCGAUCCCAGGAGAUGGAGGCUCGCGGUGGUGGUGGGGACGACAAUGACAACAGCGACAACGAGGAGAGCAAUGGCGACGGGGUGAAGAACGGCGGGGUGAUUCAGAUCCAGGAAGGCGUGGUGGUCGGGGUGCGGCUGCCGGGCGAAUCGGUGGAGAGAGAUGCAGAUAGGGUAGAGGAUGGGGGAAUAGGAGUCGCCAGCAGCAACGGGGGCGGGGCGGCGUGGCAUAGGCUGCGAGACGAAGGGUCAGAGGCGGCCGAACCAGGCAGUGCGGCUGUGACGCCUCCCGGCGAAGGUUCAGACGAUGAGAAUGCGUUUCCGCCGAAUCCCGCGUUAGAGGAUAAUGGCCGGGUGGGGGGUGUAGGGGGUGUAGGGGGUGUAGGGGGUGCAGUGGUAGGUAAUGGAGCAGCGGGUUUAGAACAACCGCGCAUAAGUAGGGAGUCGUCUGGAUCAAGGGACGACACAGGCGUUAGAGAGGGAGAGGUAGGGGGAGAAGCAGCAGAAUCGUCAUCUGCAGCUAUUGCUGCGAGCAGGGCCCAACAAAAUCCAGGCAGCGGGUCGGGGCCGGGGGGGGGAAACAGCCGGAGAAGCCUGAACCCGGGAGGGUAUUUAGCGGAGCUUGCCCUGGAGCUGCAGCAGCACAAGGCGGUGGCCCCGCAGGAGUUUUCAUACGAAGAGCUGAGGGACGCGACGCAGUGCUUUAAAGAGGAGCUGGUGCUGGGGGAGGGCGGGUUCGGAAAGGUGUAUGAGGGGCUGCUGAUGGUGAGGGACGAGGACACUGGGCAGCACGUGCAGACGAAGGUCGCUGUGAAGCAGCUGAGCCAACAGGGCCUGCAGGGAUUCAAGGAGUGGCUGACGGAGGUCAUAUUCCUGAGGCGCCUGCAGCACCCGCAUCUGGUGCAGCUGGUGGGGUACUGUGCGGAGAAGGAAAAGGGCCUCCUGGUCUACGAGUACAUGCCCAACCGCUCCCUCGACUGCCAUCUCUUCAAUGAAGCGGAGCCGCCGUUGACGUGGGAGGUGCGGGUGAAGGUGGCACUGGGUGCAGCCAAGGGGCUGGCAUACCUGCACGAGGGCACAGAGCACCAGGUCAUCUUCCGAGACCUCAAGGCCGGCAAUAUCCUGCUAGACGAGGUGCGGUUCAGUGUGGUGUGGUGCGCUGCGGUGUGA